AGAGAGAGAGAGAAGACUCUAAUCAUGAAGAUCUAGAGCUGCUAGAUUUUCACCAAACACAGUGAAAAACAAAAACUUUUCCAAAAAAAGAAAUUUCAGGAAUUCGAACUCUCGGGAUUCUGUUUUCCAUUUCCUCUUUCAGGUACACAUUACAUUCACUCACUCACUCAUUCACUAUUUCAAUCAAUUUCCAAAUCACAAAUCCACGAAAAAUUUUCACACUUUUCCAAUUCCUACUACUUCUUAGAAUGUUGAAGGAUUUCAAAUUCUUGCGCCGGAAUUCUGGCAAGAGCGAGGAGAUCGAGAAUGUGCCUGUAAACCCUAAGGAUUCGGCGCCGAUUCAGACCGGCACCGACUCGUCAAGGCCUCCGCUCAACGCAAUCCAAGAACCGGUUCAAAACCCUAAGCAAGAGAGUAAGGUCGAGAGGACUCCGACGAAGGCGAACAAGGGCAGAAGCUCUGACCAUUCGUUGCCGCUUCGUACUCCGGACAAGCACGGCGUUGGGGUUUCGGUGAAGCAACGGUUCGGGUGGGCUCAGAAGCACGAAGCCGGUUCGGUUCAUGGCGAUGAGGGAGGGAGUAGUUUGGUUCAAGUGAGAGGUGGAGUUGGGAAUGGGGGUUUGGUGAGUAUGACUCCUCGGGCGAGCCGGACGGUGGGAAGAGCUAAUUCGAGUUAUUCAGAGAGCAAUUCGACUCAGAGCACGCCGACUAAGAGUGUUAGUAAGCCUCCGAGUUCAGGGUUUCGGAGUAGGGGGGUUGAUGGAAGUGUUGGUGGUGGUGCUCGUGCCGGGAACUUUGCUGCAUUGUAUAAAGGAAUGCCCAUUUCUUGUGGUCCAGCUACUGUUGUUAAUAGUGUGGAAGUGCCUUACUUUGAUCUUAAAGAAGACCCUUCGUUUUGGAUGGAACACAAUGUACAGGUUCUCAUACGUGUCCGUCCUCUCAAUAGCAUGGAACGGAGUACACAGGGUUACAAUAGGUGUUUGAAGCAAGAAAGUGCUCAAAGCAUUACUUGGAUUGGGCAACCAGAAACUCGAUUUACAUUUGACCAUGUAGCAUGUGAAACAGUGGACCAGGAAACACUUUUUAGGAUGGUUGGUCUGCCAAUGGUAGAGAAUUGCCUUUCGGGCUACAAUAGCUGCAUGUUUGCCUAUGGUCAGACAGGAAGUGGGAAGACACAUACAAUGCUUGGAGAGAUUGAAGAUCUAGAACUCAAGCCUAGUCCACAUCGUGGAAUGACACCACGCAUUUUUGAAUUCCUCUUUGCAAGGAUUGAAGCUGAAGAGGAAAUUAGAAGGGAAGAAAAACUAAAAUACAAUUGCAAAUGUUCUUUCUUGGAGAUAUACAAUGAACAAAUAACGGAUCUCCUUGAUCCCUCAUCUACCAAUUUGCUGCUGCGGGAGGAUGUUAAGAAGGGUGUCUAUGUGGAAAAUCUCUCUGAAUUUGAAGUUCAGACUGUGAGCGAUAUUCUAAGGCUUCUAACUCAGGGUUCUUCAAAUAGGAGAGUUGCAGCUACAAAUAUGAAUAGAGAGAGUAGUCGUUCUCACAGUGUAUUUACAUGUGUAAUUGAGAGUAGAUGGGAAAAAGAUUCCACAACUAACCUACGGUUUGCAAGAUUAAACCUAGUUGAUCUUGCUGGUUCAGAGAGGCAGAAAACUUCUGGUGCUGAGGGUGAGCGUUUAAAGGAAGCUGCUAACAUUAAUAAGUCAUUGUCUACUUUGGGUCAUGUAAUAAUGGUUCUAGUGGAUGUGGCACAUGGGAAGCUGAGACAUAUUCCAUAUAGAGAUUCAAGGCUAACUUUUCUUCUUCAGGAUUCACUUGGUGGAAACUCAAAGACAAUGAUCAUUGCAAAUGUCAGCCCUUCUAUAUGCUGUGCAGCUGAAACACUGAAUACUCUUAAGUUUGCUCAGCGUGCAAAACUUAUUCAGAACAAUGCUGUGGUUAAUGAAGAUUCUUCAGGAGAUGUUAUUGCACUGCAACACCAGAUACGACUGUUGAAGGAGGAGCUCUCUUUACUUAAACGUCAUAAUGUCUCCAGAUCUUUGUCAUUUGGUGUGACAAAAGAUGCAACUCAGGAACAAGAAAAUGAUUGUAUAGAAGACAUUUGUGACAUGGAUCAACAGCAUGUUGUUGAUUCACUUGGGUAUGAAUCAAAAGGCAUUGUUAGAAUGUCUACCAAACAGUUGAAAACUUUGGAAACAACACUUGCUGGUGCCUUGAGAAGGGAACAGAUGGCAGAAACUUCUAUCAAGCAACUUGAGGCUGAAGUUGAACAGUUGAACCGCUUGGUUCGUCAAAGAGAGGAAGACACUAGGUGUAGUAAAAUGAUGCUCAAGUUUCGGGAAGACAAAAUUCAAAGAAUGGAGUCACUUCUUGGAGGUUCUAUUCCUGCAGAUGCUUAUUUACUGGAAGAGAAUAAAGCACUCUCUGAGGAGGUUCAGCUGCUUCAAGCUAAAGUUGAUAGAAAUCCCGAAGUAACUCGGUUUGCUUUGGAGAAUAUUAGGCUUUUAGACCAACUUAGAAGAUUUCAAGAGUUCUAUGAAGAAGGGGAGAGAGAGAUACUCCUGGCUGAAGUGUCCAUGCUGCGGGAUCAGUUGCUUCAAUUUUUUGAUGGGAAUGCUAAGCAGUGUAUCAAUCCAAAGUCUAAUAUGCAACCUAAGGAAGAUAUAUGCAGCAGCAAAGAAAAUAAUUCUCCCCACUUGGAGUUGAAAAAUACUCUUGAUGAGUUAGAGGAAUGCAGGUGCCGAUUAAACUCUUGCUUAGAAGAGAAUGUAAAACUCAGCAGAGAAUUAGAUGAUCUACGCUCUAUGUUAGAGAAUAUCAGAUCUGAACCCAAUGAGCGAGAUGCAAUUGUCAAUACCACAAAGGAUUCAGUAAAAAGUCCAGCUGUUGAACACCAGGUGUUCAAGGCAGUCCAAAAUGAGAACUCGGAAGAGGAGAAUGAAUCUCUAAUCAUAAAACACGCAGAAGAAAUGGUGAAUUUGCAGCUGGAACUGGAUAUAUUAAAGAUGAUUAUCAAAGAAGAGAGGUCAUCUUGUCGUGAGAUGGAUGAAAGGGCAAUGUGCUUGAGUGGAGAUCUUCAGCUAGCAAACGAAAAACUUUUACUGAUAAGUCAACAAUGUGAAGAGGCAAAAUGUGAAUUGAAAGAGGCAAAGUCUGUAACUGAAGCUCUUGAGUCACAGCAAAUUCUUUCGAUUAAUGAGAUGGAGGACCUGAGGAAUACAAACAGUCAUUAUCUGCAGCUUUUGAGUAAACUAGAGCUUGAAAUUAUAGCUUUGAAGGAGCAGCUUGCUAUUAAAGAGUUACACAAUCACUCAAUUUCUACCCAUAUUGAAAGUGAUGACUCCCCCUUACAGGCAAAAUUGAAGAGGAUGCAAAAUUCUCUUGAAAAGGCCAAGAGACUGAAUAAUUGGUACCAAAGUGACCGUGACUAUCAGGUGUCCAAUGAAGAAGAAAUGGAUGAAGUUCGCAGGCAGGCUGAAGCUGAAACUGCUGAAGUGAUUGUCUGUAUGCAGGAAGAACUUGUGAUACUUCAGCAGCAAGUCCAAGAUAGUCAUUUGAAAGAAAUAGAGAUGAAAAAGACUACAACAAUUUUGGAGACUGAAUUGAAAGAGUUGAAGGAAAAACUGUAUCUCAUAACUGAAGAUAACAAAAGCUUAAAUCAAGAGCUUGCAGAGAAAGAUGGGGAACUAAAAACAAUGUCUGAAGAAUGGGAACUACUGACCUGUGAGUUUGAAGAAGUUCUUGCUGAUGGGCAUGAGGCACUCAUCAAUGCCUCUGAUCAGCUUGAACAUAUAUCAAGCUCCUUUCCACAGAGAAGGAUAUGGAUAUCUGAACAAGUUGGCAUGAUGAUCAGAACGAUCUCUGAAAAGGAAUUAUUGAUUGAAGAACUGAGAAGAUGUUUAGAGGAUGCACACAAUAAAAAAAGUGAUGUGGAGUGCAUGCUGAAAUCUCUAAGAGGAGCAGCCCUGGCUAUUACUGAAGCACACCAGCAGGAGUGGAGUGAAAAGGAGAAAGAAAUUCUCUGGUUGACAUCCGAGUUGACCACGAAGACAUCUAUGAUAGCAAAGCUGGAGGACAAAUUGAAACUGGCAGAAGAUCGUAUUGGAAAAGCAUCAGUUUGUGCUACAGUUGCUUUUGUGAUUGUGAAUAGAUUAUCAGAAGUGAAUCUUAGUUACCUUGAUGCACUAAACCACAAGGAUUUCCAGCUUAGUGAAUCGGCAGAGAUGAACUUGAGGAAGGAUGCCCUUGUCAAUGAUCAAGUUGCUAUGAUUGAAGAAGCAGAAAAACAUAUUGAAUCUCUGAGAGAGGAACUAGCAGUGUCAGAGGGAAACUGUGCUAAACUACUAGAAAAACUUUCUGAGGAGCAGGAGCGUUCUUGUGCUAUGGAACAAAAGAUCAAAGCUAUCCAAGAGAAUGACAUUUUGAUGACAAGGGAGAAGCUGGCUGAGCUAAAAUCAGGUGUAUCGACACUCCAGUCAUGCAUGAGCACGUAUGUGGAGAAUUGUGGAAGUCCUGCAAGCAAUGAUUCACAAGAAGUUUCUACAUCUUUUGAUGGCAAUGGUGAAGGACGGACAGAUACUGAAACAAGUCAAGUAAGUGACAUGGACUUAAAUCCUGUUGAAGACCAAAGAAUUGUGACAUCUGAAUAUUAUGAAGUGGGGAAGAGUGAGUGCUGCUAUUCUUAUGAUGGGAAAAGUAUGAAGUCCAGAACUUUCAAGGACGUGUCUAAUAGAGAUGUUACCAUUAUACUUCUGAAAAAGGAAAUCGAAUCUGCCCUUUUAAGCUUGAAGGAGGUGCAAGCUGAGAUGGUAAAACUCCAUGACGAGAAAAAACAGAUGUGGAUGUCUGAGAAACAAAGUCAGGAAAGCAUGAAAAGUCUUACGACUCAGGUACUGACACUGGAAGCAGCUAUGAGUAACUAUGAAAAGCAAUCUCGACUCAAGAUGGAAGCUUUCAGUCAUAGGCUAAAUGGAUUUGAAAAAACUGUGGAAGAAGCUGGUUCUCAAUGGUGUCAGACUAAAGAGUUGCUUGAGCUUGAAGUUGGUGAUGCAAUGAUAAUUGCAGUUCAAAAAGCCUCAGAGGCUUCUUGUAUCAUUGCCAAAUUUGAAGAGGCCCAAGAUACUAUGAAAGAUGCAGAUAUUAUUAUCAAUAAACUGGUGGUAGCAAAUGAAGAAAUGAAGUUGGAUGUAGAAAGAAUGAAGGAAAGGGAAAUCGAAUUAGUCAAUGACAAGAGUCUAUUAAUGGAUGAGGUCCAGAGCUUGCAGGCCAUCAAUGAUGUGAAGCACCAGCAGUUUGAAAGCCUUGAAAAGCAGCUUUGCACCCAUUUGACAGAAACAAGGGAUCUGGUAAUGGAAUUUGAGGGGAUCAUCAAAGAGGUUCACACUACAUGUUACCAAAACUUCAUGUCUUUAGGCUGUGACUUCCACUGCAUGAAGUCUCUGCUUUUAAACUCUACAAAGUUGGUGCACUCAUGGCUUGAGGAUGUCUGGUCCCAAAUAAUUGUGAAGGACUGUGCUGUGUCAGUGCUUCACCUCUGUCACAUGGGAAUUUUGUUGGAAACAGUCACUGGGCUGAAUGCAGAAAAUGGUUUGCUUCAGAAUGGUGUGUGUGUAUCAAACUCUGUUAUAGCUGAUUUGAGAGAACAUAAUAUUAAGUCAAGAAAAGAACUUGAGAUGUGUAGAAUCCUCAAGGGGAAACUACUGGCUGACAUCAAGAAUAGUUUUGAUAGAAUCUCACAGAAGGAAGAGGAAACUGGGGAGCUCAGUGUCCAGCUAAACACUUUCGAGAAAAAAAUAUCAGACCUGCAGCUCCAAGAGGAGUUGAUGUUGCAAAGGUCUAAUUAUAUGGGAUCUCAGCUUGCAAUUUUAAUAAAGGAGUUGGACCUGAGUAAAACAGAUGUCUUGUCAUACCUUCUGGAUCAGGAGAAAACGCUCAAAUAUAAAGAGGAGGUUCUUGAAUCUCAAGCUGAUCUUUUUGUGGUAGACUGGUGCUCCAAAGACCUUGAGUCACUUAUCUUGGCUUCAGCAUUAGAAGAGAUGGCUCUCCAGAAAGCUGAAGCAGAAAGAGAGCAAAUCAAAUGUUGUUCAGUCCUUGAGAAUUUGAAGAAAGAAUUAAUUCUUUUCAAGGUUGACUCAGAGUUGAAAGAAAAAAUUUUACUGGACCAGGAAUUUGAGGUCUUACUUCUACAAAAAGAAAUUCAAGAAACAAAAAUGGAGAGGAAGGACCUGUUGUUAGAGCUGAACCUCAGCAGUUCAAGAAUUUCUCAGAUGGAGGAAGUGAACAAGACUCUUGAAGAAGAUAUUCAGUUGCUGAAGGAUGUUAAUUGUUCAAAUGAUGCAUUGAAAGGUGAACUUGGUGAAGUCAAUGAGACAAAGGUGAGGCUGUUGAAUGAAGUUCAAUCACUAGAAACUGAAUAUGGAAAACUACAAAAAGAUCUCAAAACAAAGGAAACUGCAUUAGAAUUUUCCUCCAGUCAAAUUUCUGCCCUUGAUCAAGAAAACCAAGAGUUGCAGAAGAAUAUUUGUGUGCUGGAAAACUUGUCAGACAAGCUUCAAAUUGAGCUGGACAUGAAAAAUGCAGAGCUAAUCAAAAUGAGUGACUUUGUGGAUGAGAAUGAAUCAUUGAAAAAUGAGAUAAUGAAGUUGAAGGCUGAAAACACCUUGGUUCUUCAAGACUUAGAGAAGAGAAGUUCUGAUUUUGAAUCAUCUUUGAGCCGCAUAGAUGUCUUUGAUAAGGACAAACACAGGUUGCAAAAUGAAAUAUUCUCAUUAGAGAGUGACAUUGUCAGUCUACAGACUAAUCUCGAAAUGAAAAAUGCUGAACUGAAAGAUCUUCAACAUUCUCAAUCUGUCAUUGUUGAGGAGUUAUGUUUGAAAAGCAAGGAUUUGGAAAACUAUAUUAACAAUGUAAAUUCACUGAAGGAAGAGAAUGCUUUCUUAAGAAAUGAACUUUGCUCUCACAAGAAAAUUGAGCAUGAAUUCCUCUCCAUUUCAAGCUUAAACAUUAUGAAAUGUGUUGAUACAGUGGGAACUGUUGAUUUGAUAGAUAGCAGAUUACUGACCAUACUGAAUGAAAAAAGCUCUUUUAUUUCAGAUAAAUUGUUCCAAGAGAUAUCUGAAAACACAGAGAGGAUAUCGAAGUUCAUGGCAGAGUUUGACUGCUUGGAGUGCCAUGCUAAGGCACUUGUAGAAGAAAAUUCAACUCUUCAUGCUGAGUUAUUAAGAAAGGAAGACAUUUUAAAAGGACUGUUAUUUGAUCUGAGCAUGUUGCAAGAAUCUGCAUCUAAUACGAAAGAUCAAAAAGAUGAAAUUGAGGAAAUAAUGGUUUCUUUGGAGGCAUUAGAAGAUGAGCUUGCGGUAAAAACAGGCGAGCUUGAUCAGGCUCUUUCUAAUAGUCAAAUGCUUGAAGCUCAGUUGCAGGAUAAAAUACACAUAAUAUCUGUGCUUGAGUUGGAUCUCUCAAAAGAACGCGAAUCUUUAAAGUUGCUUUCCAGUGAAAAUCUUGAGAUGGGAGCUUGCUUUAAAGAAUCCUUGGUAGAAAAAAGUUCUCUAGAGGAGGAAUUAACAGAGAAAAGCAAGAUAAAUGAGUGUUUAGAGAUAGAGCUGUCAGAAAUGAGUAAUGCACUUGGCCAAAUGAAUGAUUCAAUUGAAUCCCUUAUGAGCAAUUUGAAUGAACUUGGUAGUGAGAGGGAUCUUCUCCAGGUUGAGGUGCAUAAUUGGAAGGGAAAACUUGAAAGGGCACAGGCACUGGCUGAUGAAAAUGAAGCAAUUGCUAUGGAAGCUCAACAGAUAGCUGAAUCAAGAAAGAUAUAUGCUGAAGAGAAGGAGGCAGAGGUUAAACUAUUAGAGAGAUCUGUUGAAGAGCUAGAAUGUACUAUAAAUGUAUUGGAAAGCAAGGUUGACAUGCUUAAAGACGAAGCUGAACGGCAACAGUUGCAAAGAGAAGAGCUAGAAACAGAGCUUCAUGCUGUAAAAGAUCAGAUGCUGAAUGUUAAAAAUGCUGAUGCUGACAUGAAAAGGUAUUUGGAUGAGAAAGAAAAAAACCUUCAAGAAGCCUUAAAGCAUUCACAAGUUCUUGAAAGGGAUAUAGCAGAAAAGGACGCAGAGAUUGCUCAACUCAAGGCACAUAUCUCUGAACUUAAUUUGCAUGCUGAGGCACAGGCUAGUGAAUAUAAGCAAAAGUUCAAGACAUUGGAAGCCAUGGCUGAACAAGUUAGGCCUGAAGGACAUUCCACCCAAGUCACGAAUUCUUCAUCAAUCAAGUCAGAGAAGUACGCCACAAAGUCUAGGGGUUCUGGUUCCCCUUUUAAAUGCAUUGGAUUGGGCUUGGCACAGCAAGUAAAAUCUGAGAGGGAUGAGGAGCUUAGUGCUGCAAAAUUGCAUAUUGAGGAGCUUGAAUAUUUGGCAGUAAGCCGACAGAAAGAGAUAUUUGCAUUGAAUGCCAGAUUAGCUGCUGCUGAGAGCAUGACCCAUGAUGUAAUCAGAGACCUACUGGGAGUAAAGUUGGAUAUGACCAAUUAUGCGUCACUGUUGGAUAAUCAGCAAGUGCAUAAGAUAACAGAGAAGGCUCGACUUCAUAGUUUGGAAUCUCAAGAGAAGGAGCAGGAAGUAGUUAACCUACAGAAGAAGCUUAAUGAAUUUAUUGAGGAGAGGCGAGGAUGGCUUGAGGAAAUUGAUCGAAAGCAAGCUGAAUUGGUAUCUGCACAAAUUGCCUUGGAAAAGCUUAGGCAGCGAGAUCAGUUAUUUAAGACAGAAAACGAAAUGUUGAAGAUGGAGAAUGUAAAUCAUAAGCAGAAGGUAAUGGAACUUGAAGAGGAAGUAAGAAAGCUGUCUGGUCAGCAAAACAUUCAUCAGCGCAUUCAUCACCAUGCAAAAAUCAAGGAAGAAAACAACAUCCUAAAAAUUCAGAACGAAGAUCUUAGCACUAAGCUGAGGCGAACGGAGGUUAUGCUUUCACGUGUCAAGGAGGAGCUUGCUCGCUUGCGUGCUUCCAUUGGAAGGAAUCCCUAUAUUGAUUAUGAUGAGGAGCAACGUUUGAGUAUGAAACUGAAGGAAACUGAGGAGGAGAAGGUGCAGUUAGCACAGCAAUUAUUGGGCUUAUGUACUAGUAUCCUAAAGGCAGCUGGAAUAACAAAGCCAGUAUCCAAUAUAAGUCCCUCUGAUGCCGAAGAGGCCCUGGAGCAGCUCAAGAAUAGUGUUACUACACUGGAAAGAGAAUUGCAAGAUUUGAAGUAUAAGAACAAAAUUGCCAAUGAAAGACUUCGAUUGAGUGAUCUUAUUCCACAAUCUUCACCAAUAAACUCAAGGAUAGAUGAGACUUGUCAAAAUCCAAGAAGGGUAUCCCAAGCUACAUUUCUUUCUGCCUUGGAUCGAUAAAGCACGCAUGGGGUGAUAGGGGAUAGGGGUGAUAGGGGAUCUUUGCUUAGCAUUUUGCUAACAAUUGUAUUUUUUAGUUCUGCGUGUAUAUAAUUAAUCUUCAUUUGAUUGGCCUAGUUGAGCUGUAUAUCAAUUCUUUUUGUUUUUUGUGUAAAUAUUCCCAUAUGAUCAUAAUUCAAUGAAAAUCAGUAUUAAUUUGGUCGGUUGAACUGUUUAA